AUGUUCCACGUGAAGAAACCGAAGCGGCCGGUGUUCAGAGGCGAAGGUGCGACGGCCAUGUUCGAGGUGCAGAUCAUGAGCGACCUCCACCUCGAGGGAAUGGUGAUGGAUUGGGUGAUGGGUGAACAGGACAUUGGCCAGCCGCGGAAGAAGGACUACUUGGAAUUCCUCAAGACGCAGGCGGCGCGAUUCGAGCGCGUGUUCCUCGUCACCGGCAACCACGAAUACUACGCCUCCGACAGGGAAAUCGCAGAGUUUUGCAGCACCUUCGACAACCUGCACUUCUUGCAAAUGAGCUCCGUCCUGCUCGAAGAUAACGGGCACAAGGUGCGCGUUCUGGGGACCACCCUGUGGCACCACUGCCCGGAGAAGGAAUUCUCUCAGGUAGAGAGGACCAUGAACGACUACGCCAUGAUCGGGGUGCCCAGCACCACAUCUGCGGGAGCUCCGCUGAAGCGGAAACUGAAAGCCACGGACACGAACCGCUGGCACGCGGAGGAGGUGGCCUGGCUCAAGGCCGCCAUCAAGAAGGCCAAGAAGGCGGGCGAGGCCGUCGUCGUGCUCACCCACCACCUCCCCUCCAACAAUAUGGUGUGGGGCGGGCGGGGAUUCAGUACUGAUCUCGAGAAGAUGAUCAAGUCGCCGAUCAUCUUCUGGGGCUAUGGCCAUACGCACGCGAGUUACCAGAAGGUGAUCAACGGAGUCAUGGUGGCCUCCAAUCAGCUGGGCUACAUCUCGAUGGCCGAAGAAACCGGCUUCUACCCCGAGUUUGUGGUCACCAUCGACCAUGAUGGCAAGAGGUACACCAUGAGAAACGAUCCGGACAGGAACAAGCGAGACCAGCUCGCCAAGCUCGCCGAGGAGGAGGCCAAGAAGCCUGCCGAAGCCGCUCCACCGCCGCCUCCGCCUCCUGCGGCGUCGCAACGCCCGGCCAACGCACAAGAACUGGUCUUUUCCCUUAAACACAGGAUGGCGAGUGAUUACUAA